GACGAAGCAGUAGACUAGAAGGACCUGGCAGAGACAGAGAGACAAGAAGCUUUCACAGGUUUUCACACACAUCUCAUGAUAGCACUGAAACACUGGUUGACCUGACAGAAUGUUCUCAAUCCUGGUUGUCACAGUGAUCUUGGCUAGCUGCUUGGCAAUGCCCAUCAAAGAUCCAUACUCGUAUUCCUCUGCGGUGGGUCAGGGAGGUGGCACCCCAUUUGCUUCCUACGGUGAGGGACGCAUCACAGCAGUCAGAGUGUGGGAGACCAACAACAACUACUACUACUACUACUACUACUACAACAGCAUCGCCUACAUCAGCGGGUUCCAGCUGAGAUACGGCUCCACCUGGUCUCCUGUGUUCGGUGGUGAAUGGGGUGAAAAGCAGGAGAUGGAGCUGUUUAAUGAUGAGGCCAUCGUCGAGGUGUCUGGGAAGUACAACCCAGCAGACUACAUCUGCUACCUGGUGUUAACCACCAACAUGGGGCGCACUCUGUCAGCCGGCCAGCCUAGCCAAGUCUCCUUCAACUUCUACCCAGCCAACAUGGGCAAUGAGCUGAGGCUGCUCAGCGGUCGCUUCAACGGUGCCGGGAUCACCUCCAUCGGAGCCCACUGGGGAUUGGUGUACAUGGAAGGGGCUGGAAACAGUACUCUGGAAACAGCACUGGAAACAGUAACUCCUAUUAUUUGAAGAAAAUAAAAAAGUAUGUCUUGCUCUUUGGGAUGGUAUCCCAGAUACAGAUUAA